CUUUUAAUAGUAACAAUCAUUUUUGUACAAUAAAAAUAAUUCCCAUAAUUUCUUGUACUAGUAGUUAUCUCCCAUUUUACCUCUCUUCACACUUUUCCCAUUUCUUCUCCUCUCUUUCUCUUCCUUCCGCCAUGGAUGAAACCUUCAGCCCAUUUCACGUCCCACAACAAAGCAGAAGACUCAAACUACGCUACCAUCAAAAUGACGACGUUGAGAUCGUUGUCCCAAACCACCAUUUUCUUUCUCCCCUUCAACUUCAACCUACUUCUUCAUCUUCCUCUGUUGAUCCAUUAAUGGCAUCCACUAACUUAUCACUCUCAUCUUCUACUCAUACCCGCCCGUAUCUUCCUUCCCCUAUGGGUCCUUUUACGGGCUAUGCUUCUAUUUUGGGCCGAUCUCGGUUUCUCAGGCCAGCACAAGAACUUCUUGAAGAAUUCUCGCGUGCUAGCGGUGUUUCAUUAGAGAAACAAAGUAAUUAUAAUGUUCUAGAAGGUUCUGGAAUUCUGUUUAGUGAUGAUGAUGAUGAUGUUUCGCUUCGGUGUAGUAACCCUAACCUAGUUUCCAUGCUUCAUGAGGUGUACAAAAGAUAUAAACUGUACUGCCAACAAAUGCAAUCAGCUGUUACAUCAUUUGAAUCUGUGGCUGGCCUUGGAAAUGCUACCCCAUUUUUAUGCUAUGCUGUUAAAGCCAUGUUUAGACAUUUUCAAUGCUUGAAAAAUGCCAUUCUGGAUCAUAUUCGUGCUACAAGUAAAGCGUUUACUAGUGUAGACACUAGGAAAGAUCGUACAUCAGGUUCGUGUUCAGAUGACAAAGGCUCAGCUUCUAACUUUCUUCAACAUCCUGUGUGGCGAUCUCAAAGAGGAUUUCCUGAUAAAGCUGUUGCUGUUCUUAGGAAUUGGCUUUUCGAACACUUUUUACACCCUUAUCCUAGUGAUACUGAUAAGCAUAUGUUGGCGCAGAAAACUGGCCUGUCAAGAAGUCAGGUAUCUAAUUGGUUUACUAACGCGAGAGUUAGGCUAUGGAAGCCAAUGGUGGAAGAAAUGCAUGCACUCGAGAAAAAAACUCAAUGCUCGAAAGCAGCAGAAGAUUCUCAAAACUUCUUCGAUUUGUCAUCGAACCAACAAAUGUCUUUACAUCCUCAGCUACCCGAGAAGGAUUUUCAGAUAACGUACUCACAUAGAGAAGAUCAGGAUAACACUACUAGUCAAUGUAAGCGUAGUAGAAUAGAAGCUUUCCCUAGUCGAAUGGAGCAUGGCAAGCAAGAAUUCAGCCUGCUUUGCAACCAUCUUCCUAGCAACCAAGUCCUCGAUGUUGGGGCAAGCCAAACUGAUGUGCGAUUGAGCCAUUCUUCAUUAGCCAACAACCAAGAUAAUACACCUGGUUUAAGCUGGUCUUCUCAUGGGCAGAUAGUCCCAUUUUGGCUUGCCAAACAAUGAUCAAUAACUUUUUAAAGUAUUUGUUCAGAUUUGUCUAGGAAAUUGGUGCAAUAACUUUUGAAAUGUAGCUUAUGGAAUGGAGGAAAAGCAAGCUUUUGCUAGAGGAAUUAGAUGACUUUACCUUGAGCAAUGUAGAAUGUAUGCCAUAGAUUUGUAUUUAGUAUGCCCUUCUUUCUUUACUAAUGGAAAUGGAACUUGUAAUUUGACUUCUCUUUUUAUGUGAAAUAUUUGGGAAGAUAUCUUAGAGGAUAAAAAAUGUUGGUAGCACCGGAUCUUGUUCUCAGUUGGAGUAACUACAAUAAUUUUCAGGUAAUGUCCUGAAUUUGAUUCUUAUUAAGCUCUCUCUUUCCUUCGAUUUACCUUGUAAUUAAAUAAAAAAAUAUUUAUAGUAUUUCAAUGCAACUUAGUAACGUUGCACAAAAUUGAUUACACAAUGAAGUUUUAAA